AUGGGUAAUCUAAUAAAUAGCCUUCUUCUGGUAACAACUAUCAUAACUCUUCAAGAAGUCGUUUCUAGCAGCUCAAAAAGAAAUACGUAUGAAACUAUAGAAUACGACGAUGGCGAUUCGGAAGAGUCCACCACUCCUCCCACACAGACACGGGCAACGACGAUAACUCCUUCGGAAACAGUUCCAGCACCGCCACAGAACAAUACCGGAACCGAAGAGAACCCAGAAAACAAACUCGGAGGCACCGUUCCAGGUGACUCCGAUAAUGAUGAUGAGGAAAGUGACGAGGACGAUGAUUUCGACGUUUUAACGUUUGCAGAAGCGCCGACUACCACGACGGCCCAAGGGGUGCCCGCCACACCGGCGCCCGAACCUACGUACACCGCCGCGUACGUUCCGGAUGCUCCGAGGCUUCCGAAGUUCUGCAUGCUAGAGGAGGACGAAGGCGAGUGUGACGGCGAGGAACGGGGCCCCGGUGAGACGCGAGUGUUCUUCAACGCCAAGACGAACUCUUGCGAUUACUUCCCGUACUCUGGAUGCAAGGGCAACGGAAAUAAUUUUGCAACCGAGGAGGAGUGCAUGGAGAGAUGCCGAGUCGGCGCGGUGUACGACAGCAAGGAAGACGCCCGACUUCCCAGAGUGUGCAAGCUGAGGAUGACUCCCGGUCAUUGCGAAUCGGGGCAGGAACCAGAGCUUCGCUACUUUUAUAACCAGUACACGGAACGAUGCGAGGUGUUCACUUACAGCGGCUGCGGGGGCAACGAAAACAAUUUCAAAACUGAGCACGACUGUGAAACAAGGUGCAUAUACACACCCGAUGGCGCUUGCACUCUCCAGCCGGAGAGAGGUCCGUGCAAUCAGAACUUCACGAGAUACUACUGGGACAAAGAACUUGGAGAUUGCAAAGAAUUUGUGUACUCCGGCUGCGCUGGCAACGAGAACAAUUUUCCCGACAAGGAAAGCUGCCAAAAAUACUGCAAAGCGAAAAGUACGUACCUCGAAUUAUGGAGGAAAGUCUGGAGUGCCAUGCAGUCGUGGAUGAAGCGGGGUUACAGUUGA